UGGUCUAGUGGCUAAGACACUCGAGCGGCACUCCACAGGUCCUGAGUUCGAAUCCCCGUGGGAGCGAAUUUCAAGCUGUGGUUAAAAAAAUCUCCUCGCUCGCCCCAGGCCAAAGCACAAGUAUUUCCCCCACCGGCCGAGGAACAGCGAACAAGACGACGGCAGAGCCAAUGCAUGUGCAAUGUCUAAACGCUUCACUUUAUCACUAACUUCCAACAACUACGUUAAGAAAACCAUCAUGGAGAAGAAAAGGUAUACCUCAAAUCGGGUCCUCAACAAUGCUUAAGUAAUGCAUCAGCUGUACUGCAAGGUUUAUUUCUUCAGUUAGUGGGCGGAGCGCGACCGCCCAUCUCCAUCGCAUGUCCUCUUGAACGAAGCCAAUUUUAAUACUGCCUCAUCAUCAGCUGCUCAAUGAUCAUUAUUCACGGCGACCAGUACAGCAAGAUUCUCGAUUAAUUAAUCAAAUGGUCGAAUCAGAGUUAGCUAGCUUCCAACUCACACUCUCUGGUAACCUCAUGCUCCUCUCCUGCCUACUUGCCUAGCGAGGCCAGCAGCGACUUCGUACCGGAUCCAGCCUAAGCACAAGUCAAAGCGUCACUGUGUAUAUAAAGUCCUAAGCUUUGCUUGCUCCAGCGCUGCCUGUGCGCUAGCUCUGCGCGUUGUGAGCAUUGCAAGCUUUGAUGCUCGGCGUCAGGUGGUUUUCAGGGGAAUCAUCACGUUAUUUCCAGUGAAAUUCCUGCCGAGGAGCAUGGAUCACAAGCAGCAGCUCGCUCUGCGGCCGAUCUCCACCAGGAGAACCGGCAGCGUCGCCGGCGAGGUGGCCGCGGCGAUGGAGCGGUCGAGCCUGGCCACCGCGUCGUUCCGGGUGUACUACAGCCUGCGCCCCGGCGCCGUGCCGUUCCUGUGGGAGUCCAAGCCUGGCACGCCCAAGAGCGGCGCCGCCGGCGCCACGGCAGCCGUGUCGCCUGCGCCCGCCGAGAUGAUGGCGGUUCAUCAUCAACUCCCGCCAAUAUCGCCGCCGCCGUCGUCGUACCACUCGUCCCAGCUGAGGAAGGGGAGGAGGUGCCGGCCGAGGGCGUCGUGCCAGGCGGCGGCUGGAAUCGUGAGGGCGCUGCUCGCCACGCUCGGCAUCAGGAGGAGGUCGCAUCGGCGCCUACCAGCCACGCUUUCUUGAGCUCACUGCUCACGUCGAGUUUGUUUGCUGCGCGCUUACUGCACAAGACAUCAAGCUCAUAUAUACAUGAGCAUACAUGUACACUAUACUACUAUACAGUACAAGUACAAAGCUAAAUCUGUUUUUACAAGAGAUAUAUUUUUGUAUCGUCUAUGUGAACCAAGAGUCGAUCGAUUGCUUAUAUAUGUUUAACUUUAACAUGUAAAUUAAGGUGGUGCAUUAGCUCUGUGAUAAAAUGUUGUGCUAUGUUUUAAAUUCAGCUUUAAGUAAAAUUCAA